AGCUCUCUCCACACAGAUAAAAACCAAUCAGAUCGGAGAAGAAAGAACCCCCGCAGAUUAUCAAAUCACGAAAAUGUCAAGCUCAUGGUCACAUGCACUCGUUAGGAUCUCUCCUUACACUUUCUCCGCCGUAGGCAUCGCCAUCGCCAUCGGUGUCUCAGUCCUUGGCGCCGCCUGGGGGAUUUAUAUAACUGGGAGUAGUUUAAUUGGUGCUGCAGUCAAGGCUCCUCGCAUUACUUCUAAGAAUCUCAUCAGUGUAAUUUUUUGUGAGGCUGUUGCUAUCUAUGGCGUUAUUGUAGCAAUUAUUCUACAAACAAAGUUAGAGAGUGUUCCAGCAUCACAGAUUUAUGACCCCGAGUCUCUUAGAGCUGGAUAUGCAAUUUUUGCCUCUGGGAUUAUUGUGGGCUUUGCAAACCUCUUCUGCGGAUUGUGCGUGGGUAUAAUUGGAAGCAGCUGUGCUCUGUCUGAUGCCCAAAACUCAUCUCUUUUUGUGAAGAUUCUUGUGAUUGAGAUCUUUGGUAGUGCUCUGGGGUUGUUUGGAGUGAUUGUUGGAAUUAUUAUGUCAGCUCAAGCAACCUGGCCUGCAAGAUCAGUGUAAUUUGUUUUUCUUCUCGGAAUGCAAAAAAUCAGUUAUGAUGGGGCCCAAUAUAUGCUGUGUAUCGUAAAUGAACUUGGUAUUUUAUUAAUUCAAAGGUAGUAGGCUUGUAAAAACUUGAGUGGAAAUGUAAUGCUGUCUCUUCUAGUCUUAAGCUUUGUCCAUUUGAAAAUAAACUUUGGUGGAAGGCACAAAGCAUCAUUGCCAAUGGCAGGAUGGGCGUUUAAUA